AUGCACGAACCCGUCGAUAACCGCCAAGAGUACCUCCAAGACAAUGCGCAUUCAGGCGACGAAGAAGACAACAGACCAAUACCAUCCCUUCUGUCUUCAAAGCCAAAGAAGAGGGCACGCAGCGUAUCAACCCCUCGCCGUCGGGCAAAGUUCAGUCCGAACAUUGUGUGCAUCUCCAUCACUCAGCCAGGUUCACCAUCUUUAAGUUUCUGCGAUCUUCCCAGUCUCAUCAACCAAGCCGGCAUCGAAGAAGAAGAGUACCUUAUCCAGUUUGUUCGUGACGUAGUUGUGGACUACGUCAAAGACGCCAAGUCUUAG